CCCGGAAGUACACUACACGCGUCGCUAGUCGUGUGUAUGUGACGGGCAUUGUCCUGUCAGUGGCUGCACACGCUGAAGCCGCACAGACGUUGUCUGCCCCUGUGAAGAUCCCCAUCCUUGUACGGUCAACAUUUACCGCUUGAUUGAAGGGCUUAAUCAACUCUCUGGAUACGAGAACGGCCCUUAUUUUCAAGUUGAGCAAAGACUUCCAAACGAAGGUCAGUUGAGGAAGUGGCAUCGAAAGGAACCUGAUCAUCAACAUGUUCCUGGUAAAGUCCAGUGUCGCCUUGAUGUGUGUCUUGGGACUGCUUAGCGUCGAUGGUGACGUGAUAUGGAAACUGUGCUCAAAAGGACAAUGCCUCUGUCGACCACAUCCCACCCAUGCUGUGUAUAUGAACUGUUCAGGUGGUAACUUCACACAUAUCCCAACGCCACCCAACAAGUCCCUUCCCCUGUAUUUGACAUUAGACCAAAAUAUCCUGACCAAUGUGACCGGAGAUAUGUUCCAUAACAUACCCAAGUCCAGCUUGAGAUCUCUGCUCAUGUUUAAUAACAGUAUUUCCAAUGUCUCCGCUGAUGCAUUCCGUGGGUUCACAAAACUAUAUAAAGUUGUUUUUUCGAAUAACCGGAUGAGUGUAAGUUCACUGACAUCAGCCGUUGCCAGCCUUAAAAACUGCCCAUUAACGAGUCUUACGAUCAGUAGUGCAAAGGUGAGGUUUUUCCGGCCAGAUUUCUUCCUACCCCUUGCACACCUUAGCAAUCUCAAACUCAGUCUUGUCAAUAACUGCCUGGAGGUGUACCAGUCACGGGUAUUUGCACCCAUGAAAGGACUCGUGUACCUCAAUCUCAGAGGCAACCGCAUUAGAAGGAUGAACAUUACAGACAAUUAUACCCAGAACAUUCCCCGACUUCGUCUCGAGAGCAAUCGAUUUGACGACUUCCCCAAUCUUUGUCCAAAUGAUAAAUCGUACUUCCCUGAACUCACCCAACUAGACAUCAGGUAUAACCAUAUUCGAUACCUCAACAAGAGUUACUUUGAUUGUUUGGAUAAACUGAAAAUCUUACGUCUGGAUGGGAACCUCAUUUUGUGGGUACAGAAAGACCAGUUUGCUGGCCUUAAAUCUCUCGAAAGGCUUAGUCUGGCUGAAGUUGGAUGCACCAUAGGGAAGGUGGAACCAGGAGCCUUCAGCAGUGCUACACUCAAACAAAUCUUCUUUCGAAACAACCAUAUCGAAUUUAGUCGCUCAAGCAAAAGUCCCACUCUUGCAAUGUUUGAUGGAUGUCCAUCCUUGGAAUUGUUGAAUGUCAAUUAUAAUGUUUUCUCGUAUUUGCGAGAGGGGGACUAUGAUCUUCUGUUUAGGAACCUCACAAAUCUGAAGACGUUGCUCAUGGGUGGAUGUGGAAUCAAUGUGAUCCCUAAAGCUAUUCCUAAGCACCUGAAGAACCUGACACUGUUAGGCCUUUACCACAAUGAAAUCAGCGACUUGGAACCAAACUUCUUCAGCGGCAUGAACGACCUUGGGGAACUUCUUCUGGGGAACAAUGAGAUAACGUCAGUCAAAAGAUCGACAUUUCCUUCCAAUGUUUUUAAUGGAUCUGGAUUUGUGGAUUUAUCUAAAAAUCCACUUUCGUGUGGAUGCGAAUCUUUGUGGCUCAUUGAAACCUUUCAAAGACACCCUGAUCAAUUCCGAGCUGAAUGGCACAAAGAGGGCUAUGUCUGCCAUAGUCCCAAAAACUUGCUUGGCACCCAACUCCGAGAUGUGCAAAUAUCCGAACAGACGUGUCUUUUGAGCUGGAGCGUCCUGAUGAUCCUCCUUGUGGGCUCCAGUGUCCUCAUCACUCUCCUGGUAAUCCUGUCUCUCCUCUACAACUACAGGUGGAACUUGAUGUAUCUGGUGUUCAUGAUUAGACAUAAGGAACGGGAGGUGGUAGACAGACGACAAUUUCUGUACGACGUCUUCGUAGCAUACAGCUACGACGACCUGGCCUGGGUGAAGCAGCACCUGAUGCCUGUGUUGGAAGGAUCCGAUGGACUCAAAUUAUGCAUCCAUAACCGAGACUUCGAAGUGGGCAAAUUUAUCACUGAAAACAUCGUUGAUAGUGUUGAGAACAGCCGGAAGGUGAUCAUUGUUCUGUCGAAUAACUUUGCCAAAAGUGGCUGGUGCCAGUUUGAGUUGAAUUUAAUUCAACGGCAUGUGAUAGAAUGUGGUCAGCGCCUCCUGGUGGUGGUGAUGCUUGAAGACAUAGACCCGUGUCACGUGACCAAGUCGCUGAGAGCAAUGCUGCAGACGACAACCUACCUGGAAUGGGGAGAAGAGAGUCAUACCAGACAGGCCUUCUUUAACCGUCUGCGACUUCUGGUGAAAAGGCCAUUACAAUCUACAUCGACCAGAAAGAUGUCCGUGUGACCCAGUGCUGAUAGUGAUAAGCUAUAUCUCCUCAACAAUGAAUGAUUAGUGUGAUUGUGCAAAUUAUUAGAUAUUUUUCAGUGAAAUGGGUUGUCUUACAUAAUAAUUGUGUAUAGUGUUGCGUAAGACCUGUGUACAGUGUUGCAUAAGACAUGUGUAUAUUGUUGCAUAAGACAUGUGUAUAGUUUAACAUACAGGCCCGGGGUUCGAUCCCCGGCCGCGUCAUACUAAAAGACGUUAAGAGAUGGCACUUAUUGUUACCCUGUCUGGCGCUCGGCAUUAAGGGAACAAGGACUGGUCGGCUCGGGGUGUUGUGUCU